GUCUGGCUGCAUAUCAUAUUAAGCAACCAAUGCAACAUCCGGUAACAAAUCCGUUGACAAUGAGUGUUGCAGCAACUUAUGGAUUAUCUGCUUCUUUGAAGCCCCCUGUUAUCAUGGAUUCUUUGACAUCUACACCAAUUUUGAUUCCCUCGGAUCUGCCAUCGGAUCCUGCUUUAUUGAUUUCAGACACAUUGCCUAGUGUGGCAAAGGAUUUGUUGAAUUCUAGUAUAACGUCAAUGUCUUCGGCGGCAAAGUGUUCUAGUACUGCUGGUCUGAAUGUUAACCCCAUACCUCAAGUUAUCCAUGGAGCAAACUUAGUCUGAGGGUCUGGGUUGGCUCCAGAAAGUUUGCCUCUAGCUACGUUGCGUAUGAAUAAAUCAGGCAGUCCAAAUCAUAUGGAGAAUUUGAAGCCAUCACUGAUGACCCCUAGUCAAAUUUUUGAAACCGGGGCCCGCCGCCCAUCCACUUUCUUCAUCUCAUUUUUCUAGAAGUGCUCAUGAAGAUAAAGAGGUCGUUAAAUCUUUGACUUCUGGAUCGCUGCCAAGGGAACCAACAGGUGCUCAGGCACCCAUUUUGCCUCUUCCAAAACCGCAUACCAAAAAGGCGUAUAAGGGCAAUCUGCAGAAUCAUAACAGUUUUGCUAGCAAGUCAGCAGAAAGAGGAAAGAUGCAUAAAGGUGCUCCUCAGUACACUAACAAUCAUAAAGCUUUUGGAGAGGGAAAAGGAGAGAAGAUGAGACAAUCUAAUGUACAGAAUCCGAGAGUUGCUGUGAGCAAGGUGGCAGAAAGAAUAAAGAGGAUCAACAGAGCUGAUUCUUGGACUCUUCCAAUCUCUAAGACCAAACCAUGGGAAAGGGAAAACAGGAUGACUAAGGCCGAGUCAAGAACCAACCAAAUCACAAGCAAUUCAGGGAAAGGAGGAAAGAAGCUCCAGAUAGAUAGGGCUGGCAGGCAGCAUCAUCAAACUAGUAAGAGCAUCUCAGUGGGAAGAGGAAAGAAGAUUCCACAUUUGGCUGCCAAAUAUGCCAAGGAUUUUGAUUUCGUGGCAAUGAACAAGAAAUUUAACAAGGACGAAGUGUGGGGUGAACUUGGCAAGCAGAACGAAGCUCACCUAAAGACGAAAGCAGAUGGUUGUGAUCUUCCUGCUGAGGAUGCUGAGCAUGUAGAUGCUGCAAUGAAAUUGGAUAAGAAGCCUGGUUAUGUGAAGAAUGACUUUUUUUACUCACUUGCGACCGGUACACCUGCGCCAAGGAAGCCGAAAAUAUCUGAACAAAGGAAGUUGGAUAUGGAGACAUUUGGGUAUUUCCAGGUAUGCCAAAGGAGUCAUUGUAGCCGAACAUCGAGGCUUGGUGGCAAUUCAAAGGUCUUUUCCAACGGAAGAGAAAAUGGUAAUGCAGGGAGAGGCCGGGCGGAUCCUACUUGGAGUCAUGUCACAUAGGAAACUUGAGGGAUGCUUGCAAAUACUGGACACAUACAUUUAGAGCUCUGCACAGGUGAUUG